AUGGGCGACACCCAACAACAACAACAUAUGGAAGGAGAACAAGGGCAAUCCCAGCAUUUUACUCUAAUCCCUACUUUAAGGGAGGUAACUGUAUUUAAGGAUCGUGCCCAACUGACAUACACAGCCACUGCGUCACUCCCUGCUGGAUCUCAUGUUCUUCUUAUGAAGGGUGAAAAAGGAUGGGAUGAUGUUUUGCAGAAUACACUGCAAGUACACAUGGAUAAUGCGGCAGACAUACCUGUAGUGAUGAAUGAUGUUCGUUUUGAAACAACCAUCACGAAAGAAGAUAUGCGAGAACGUGUACGUGAACUGGCAAAGGAAUGUGAGGAUUAUCAAGAUCGCCUUAAUAAUGUUGCGGACAGGAACUCCAUUAAUGAUGCCCUUGAGGCUUCCAUUAAGGAAUUGGAAGAGAAACUUAAAAAUAUGGGGGAACGCAGUCCACACACCAACUCGGAUACUCCUUCAAACAACACUAUUGUGCCUAUUGCGCAGUUUCUCUCUAAUCCGACUGCUUGGCAACCCCUCGUGCGACUCAUCGCCCGCCGCAAACGAGAUAUUGGCGAGUCACGUCUGUUGCUUAAAGCCGAGGAGGCACAACUGCAGAAGGAAUUUCUUGAAAAACAAAAAGAAGUCGUUGAAUAUCAAAGAGCAUCAAUCAACGGCAAACGACAAACAGAUGUGGUGGUGUCGGUUGUUGUGCCGCAGCCUGUCGAGUUGCGACUUCGCGUGCAGUUCGUUGCACUCGGGGCAUCAUGGGAGCCGAUCUUCGACAUCCGCAUUGGCACCAACAAUAAUAAUAAUAAUAAUAAUAAUAAUAAUAAUAAUAAUAAUAAUAAUAAUAAUAAUAAUAAUAAUAAGAUUGACGUUGCUUAUCACGCUAUGGUGCAGCAACGGACCACAAUGGAUUGGAACCGCGUGGCGAUGCGGCUCAGCACUGCCACACCGCACUGCAGCUCAAGUCCACCAAAACUCAGCAGGUGGAAUAUUGCACUCCAACCACCACCACCAAAGAUAAAGAAAAUGCAUUGUUUCAGAAAGGCAGCAUGCCCUGCACCUAUGGCUGCACCUAUGGCUGAUGUGAUGGAUGCAGCGCCGGCGAUGAAUGCGGAGCCUGUGAUGAUGAUGAUGCGAUGCGCCGCCCCAGUGGAAGCGGCGGUUGUGACUUCAUCAGCCCCAUCCUCAACGGCAAGUACCUUCCAGAUUGUGGGAUUGGCUACUGUAAAGAGUGAUAAUAAACCUGUGAAGGUGACGAUUUCUACACAUACAUUUCCUGCGGAACUCAUGUACCACGUGGUACCGAAACGUAGUCCAUGGACGUACUUCCUUGCCAAGGCAAAGAAUACUAGUCCAUAUGUGUUUCUUCCUGGUAAAACGAAUAUCUUUGUGGAUAAUAUAUUUGUAACCAAUUCAAAAAUGGAGAUGGUUCCUGCAGGUGCUGAAUUUACUGCUUCUCUUGGAACUGAUGACAGUGUAGUUGUGACACGUAAAGAGGUAAGAAGGAAAAAGUCUACUGUCCGUGCCAUGCUACGUCAGACUCAUUCACUUAUUGAGAUUGUUUAUGAAUUUACUGUGAAAGGUGCAUUGCCAUCAGAGGCGACAUUGGUAGUGAGGGAUCAGUGUCCUACACCUUCUGAUAAUGAUAUUAAAGUAGAGAUGAUUGAUCCAAACAAAAGUAUGCUUAAUGACGGUGUAACGGGAGAUGGUAUUGCCUGCAGUAUGGACAAUGUGGGUGUUGUGGAAUGGAAGUUGCGACUUCCCCCCGGUGUGUUCACUCGUGUGUUCCGUUUCGCAUUUAAUGUGGAGUAUCCUGAGGAGUUCACGGUCAAUGGACUGGAUGACUCGGAUGGGUAA